UAUUUAUGCUACAUUGAAGACAAACAAUAUUUUGUUUUUAUUGUUUCUUUUAUUAUUUGAUUCUACAGGACAGUUACCCAGAUGUCCCUGAUGGCAAGAGAUAUCUUUGUUCAGGGGGUAUGUACAUGCAUGACUGCAUUUCACUGGGGUUCAUUCUUUCAGGUUGAAUGAAAUUUGCUCUGGCAAAGGGCUGGCACUUGGAAUUCUUUAACUUUUCACACUUUUACAAUGAUAAUAAAUUGACUUACUCAAUAAAACCAUUGUUUGUGUGUGUAUUUGACUCCCUCACUGAUGCACAUUUGCAGUUUCUUUGAAACUUACCCCUUUAAAUCUCAUUCAAAAACUCAUUAAUAAUUCAAAACACAAAAUAAAUAAUUAUUAAUGUUUAAUGAGUGUCUUUAUAUCUGAUAAAGACACUGAUAAAGACACUGCUAAACUCUACGUCCAAUUUUUUAGACCAAAAAAACCCCAAAUCUAGAUAUUAGUACAAGAAUGCGUUGAUCUGUAUCAGAGAUUUUGAAGCCAUUCAAAAAACUCGCAGCCAUGUAUUGUCAGGUUUAAAAACUCUUGCCUAUGCCUCGGGUUUUUAAACCUGAUAAUACACUCGUGCUCAUUUUUUAAACAAGUUCAAUUAAGUGUUCUACAAAAUUUUCUUUAUCAAUUGCUUUCCUGUAUUUGUUUAUCAGGUUUUAUAGGAUAUGCUUCAGUAUUCCAUCAAGUUGUGGCUGACCAUGCUAUCGAAGAUGUAGAAGAUGAUCAACUUUACUACACAAAGAUAUUUUUGGACAAACAGAAAAGGGUGAGCUAAAUUUGAUUUUGCCAACUCCUGAACAGAAUAGACAUUUUAGCUUUUAUUGCUUACCCUAAGUCAAAAUCACCUCAUUUCACUUUGUAACAUCAACGUUCAAUAAAAAGAAGUUACAGUAUGUGGAGUGUGAGAGUAAAUGAAGUGAUAACCAAAGAGUAAAAUUUCCAGAUUUUUAAAGAUAUUAUCUUUAUUUGUACCACACUGUGUAAUGAACAACUAAAAACAUUUUGGAGAGUAUACAUUUACUGCGAAAAAAUAGAGAUAACCAGAGGGAUUUAAGACGAAAAGUUUGCCACAUUUUGCCAAAGCAAAAAGAUUUUUUCCAUGCAUUUACUGAUAAGGUCAUAUUUUCUGGUACAAAUAAUACUGUAAAUUUUCCUCCAAAUAACAGUUUCAGGCCAUUCAAGACAAGAAAGUACCAUACAUACUAAGGACUCUAAUGUGAGCUGACCCAUUUUGGAGCAGAUGCGUAAUCUGUGUGUUUCAGCUCAGAUGCAUUUUAUUUGUCUGUCCAGAUGCAUGAACUCAUCUUUUGGGAUGCAUUAUAUGUAAAUACUUUAGUUCGCUCAUCUCUGACUUGCACUGUUCAUGAUAUGAAGUAUAAUGGAGGUAAUCAUGGUGGUCUAUCUUUUUUUAGGAUGAUCUAAAACUAAAGCUGGACACAAAAGCAGAGAUCUUCAUGAACUUAAAUGGAGCUGAAGGUAUAAAGCCAAUAAAUAUUUAAUAUGUUGAAAUUGCUGAUACAUGUAAUACAGUGGAACCUCUACCAAGGGCCACUAACGGCCUCCUCUCCACAAUGGCACCUCAUUACAACAGCUACUCUUUUCAUACAUUCAUAAAUUGACUCUUAUUUAAACCUCUCAACAAUGACCACUUUUUCUGUCCCUAAAAAAAAAAAGUGACCGAUGCCGGGGCAAGUGGAUUUUUGGUGUUGAAGUAGAACAAGAGACGGGCAAGUGCACCCCCUCCUGAAAAAUAACAAGAAGUGUGAAAUCAAUUCUGCUCAUCAAAAAGCUUUUAACGGCUAAUUGAAAUGAUGUCUUCAUACAUUCAUAAAUUGACUUUAGUUUAAAAAUGGCUCUAUAAAAAUGAUUUUCUUGUCCCCAAGGUAGCCAUUAAUAACUGUAAUUUUAUACCAGACGUUAAGGUUUUCAAACUUCCCUUCAAUGUAAUCCUCUGAAUCCAUACUUUGCAGAUGAAGUAGAAAUCAAGUUUGAUGAGAACAAGGCGUGGCUUGUAAACAGUGAAUAUAACACCCAACCUCUAGUGGCUCAUGGGAAUGGCCCAAGCAAGGUAUGUACUAAUAAAAAUACAAAUUACCGAUAUAAUUUUCCAUCUUCUUAUCCUUGUAAAAUAUUGACAGAAGAGCUCGUGAAAACUGUAAUGAUUCGACUGGUUUGAGUAUGUGGCAAGGAAUCUUGAUGUUGAUUUCCUUUAUUUAAAUACCGUAAAAUUCUGAAAAUAAGCCCCUCCAAAUAUAAGCCCCCCAAACCGGUAACGCAAAAAAACCUCCGUAAAAUCGCCCCUCCAAAUAUAAGCCCCCCAAGGGCUUGUACUUGUCCUCAAAUACAAAGUAAAACAAAGCCAAAAUGGUCUUCUAACUACAAGGCUAACCCAAUAGAGUUUGAAAUGCAAAUCUCCCUCCGUAGAUAAGCCCCUCUGAAUAUAAGCCCCUCCAAAAAUAAGCCCCUCAAAAAGGGCCUUUGAAAAAUAUAAGCCCUGGGGCUUAUUUUCAGAAUUUUACGGUAAUUUGACUUGUGUGUAGAGACCGGCAGGUGGAAAAUUCAGGUCACAGGUCACAAGUAAAGGUUAGAGUACAGGUCGCCGUGCUGGGUAAACAUACAACACUGUUAAAGUGUCUCCUAGCCCUAAUCCAAUCCAAAAUAGAGUUUUAAGCAGCCUAAGGGAAAACGGCGUAUCUCAGUUAUUUAUAAACAGAGCGGUGACCUGCACUUGUGACCUGCGACCUGUGUUUUGUAACUGCUAUGUAGAGACCUGGUCUGUCAUUGCAAAAAUUUGGUGUACUAUCAUCCUUCCCUUGGUAAGGGCUUCGAAAACAGUUCUUUGCAAAGGCCAGAAAGGGGAUCAUUAAAAUAAUAUUUUAAUUUGUACAACUCUGUCAAAAAGUUGAAUAAAAAGGAAAUCCAUCAUCUGUAAUUUUGAACUGGAGAAAUCUGAAUAAUCAAAGAAAUAGUACCAUGUGAAAGUUCUGCCAAUGAGUUAUCAUCUUUACAUUUUUACACCAUAGGGUCUCUUCCAUUAAUAUAGGUUUUACGACUUAAUAGGCUGACACUAUCAUUUGUUAUUUUUUUUCUUCUAGCUGUUUUUAAAUUACUUGGGAAAUUAUCUUCCUAAUAAGUGGAACAUGGAAGAUGGAUGCACAGUUUGUGACAAGGCAACAAUCUCGUUAGAUAACAUCAAGGUAUGUUUCAUUAUUAAAUGAAACCUAUUCAGUGAACAUUUUCUGAGACAUGUUCCCAUUAGAUGAGCUAUUAAACAAUGCUCUGUUUCAGUCAUUUUGACGUCAUCGGUUCAAUAUGACAGUUCAGCCGCUGGUUAUGGUGAAUUGUGUGUGUGGGGUUUUACCCAAUCAGAAACGGGGAAAUAUUUUGAAUGAGUAAUAAUUAUCAUUCUUUAACCCUGUAAUAAAUAUCUAACUUAACUGUAUUUGUUCCCUAGGAAUACCCCAAGAUUUUGAUGGGCUUCUUCAUUGAGAAACCAACACCAUUUAUUCCAGAGUUUCUAAGAAGAAUGAUGCUUCAAAAUUAUCCAAAAAAGCACAUAGAUCUCCUGAUCCACAACACGGUAUGUCUUGCUUUCACGUCGUUAUUGCAAUAAAUAGAGAUUUAAGAUCAAUGACUAUUUAUGUUACUUUGAAUUCACUUCUGCCAAGCACGUUUUGUCCUUUACUUUAAAUUGACAGAAGUAUGGUCAGUUUUGUGUCAUAUUUAGCACACAGUAUAAAAAUUAUAGUUUGUGUGAUGCAAAGAUGUAUUGGUGUGAUGAUCAUGUUUAUACACUGAUAUACUUGUAAGUCAUGAUGUAGUAACACAGACAGUCUUACAAGAUACUGAAUCAGUGAUUUUUUUUUUUGAAAAAGUUCUCUAUGGCCAGGUUGACAAAACAUGCAACAUACAUUAGUACAGGACAGUUAUUAAGUGCUUCUCUCUGUCACAUAGUAGUUAUGACAAUAAUAAUAAGUAUAUGUAAUUUGUUUGUCGCCCUUUCAGGUUGCCUAUCACAAGUCACAAAUCACUGAAUGGUUAACAGAUGAGGUCAGGAAUCAGUUUAAUUCUGUCACUGUUCUUCAGCCAGAAGAUAACGUACAAGAAGAUGAAGCUAGAAAUCUUGCUGUGUAAGUUAAUCAUCUCUGGUUAGUUACAAGGUUUUUGUCUCUAGUACUGAGGGACCAGAAGUUUUAAAAUCUAUCAAUUACCUACCCCAUGCCUGGAUAUGAUAUCUUUGAACACUUUAUUGCAAAUAACAUGCGGUAAUAAUGAUGAUAUUUCUUGUUUGCAAACCUCUUCUGAAGUUUCACUUUUGCAUACUGUUGUAAAAUAAUAUAUGCAAACUAUAACAUUCCAAACAGUUAAGACUGGGAUAUCUAGGGUAUGCAAAUGAGAUAUAGUUCCUGGUUUUGAAUAGGGUAUCAUUUACUAGUUAAGAGGUGUUAAAUAGCAUCUUGAAAAAAUAAAUUGGGUUUGUUGCCAAGUUUACAAAAACCCACAAAAUAAAUAUGAACAUAAUAGUGCAGUAUUGGAUUUUAUUUCUUAAGAGUGCUAGCAGCAUGCACCUACCCAAGAAUUCACUGAAUAUUUACAUGUACUUGACACACAGGCCUUUUUUUGUUUUCUUUUUUUUUCAGUGUUGUAUAAUAUUUUUUAUUUUGUAUUUCUAUUUUGUAUUUUUUGUAUUUAUUUUGUUUUUCUCUGACUAGUGAGAUGUGCCAGACGAAGAAAUGUGACUAUCUUUUCUCUGUUGAUGGAUCUGUUGUUCUCACCAAUAAGGACACACUUAAAAUUCUUAUUGAGCAAAAUAGGUAAGCUAUUCAUGUGCUGUUGAAUUUUAGCUGUUAUCGCCAGGUGCAUUUUUUGUUUGUUUAACAGGGUGUAGGAAACGGGCUGCCACAUUUGGGUGAUAAAGACAGUGUUAGCCAUACACACUUAAGAAUAAGCUACAGAAAUAGGUUUUAUUCUAUUUACUGGCCCCUGGCCUCAGUUGUUCAAAAGACUGGGGGAAAAUGUGACAACAUCCUCAUUUUGUCCGACAAUUCCACAUGUCCACACUUCCACACCACGGAGAAGUGUAGAACUUGGGGUGAAAAGUUAAAGUAGGGAUCCUCCAUACUUCCACACCUCAGAAAAUUGUAGAACUAAGGAAAGUAGGGAUCUUGUGGCCUGCACUGGAAAUUGAAAGGUGGAAAUUGCCACGAGUGUUAACUAUGCUACAUGUACCUGUAUUUUUUUCGCAGACCAAUUCUGGCACCCAUUAUGACCAAGGAUGGCAAGAUGUGGUCAAAUUUCUGGGGUGCAAUAGGCAGUGAUGGAUAUUAUGCUCGUUCUCGGGAUUACAUUGCAAUUGUGCAGAACCAGAGAAAGUAUGUAGGAAAUUAAAGUCACGGUUGGUCAGCAUGUCAUAUUUGUAAUAGUUUUCAAGGCCCCUGCAAUUAAGUCUCAUUAAUACCAUUAGCAGGACUGUUUUUCAAGAAGGUAUUGAACCAGGUGCACUUUUCUCUAACUCAACAGACACCUUUAGAAUAUAUAAGAUCAACACCUAGAUGAGUUUGUUCUUACAUUUCUUCAUUUAUUACAUUUUACUCUAUAAGAUGGACAUCUCUAGACUCCAGUUGACUGUACUUCAAUGUCAUUGUAGGGGUGUGUGGAAUGUGCCACACAUUUCAGCCACCUAUUUGAUCCAGAAACAAGUCGUGAGUGAGAUGAAAGGAAUUUUUACUGGAGAUCAGUUUGAUCCGGACAUGACAAUGUGCAAGAACUUGAGGGAGAAGGUGAGCAGUGACCUGCCUUUUCUGAAAUAGCCUGUGACAUGGUGGGAUUGUUGUGCCAAAGGUGCUUUCUUUGCGGCAGUGUGGCUCGGCAAGGGAGAAAAUCUACAGCACUCACCCACUGAUCCUGCCAGCUACACUGGCUACUUCUGAUAGUGAACAGAGAUUCAUUUAUUUAGCAAACAUCAUUGUUUAAAUUUUCUUUUUUUUUUCACGUCAUUAAGUGCUGCAGAUACCUCCUGCAUCGGUUGGUGAAUACGUUCCCAAUUUUUUCCCAUUGGGUUUUUGCAUUUUCGUUUCAGGCACCACAUGUUAAUAGUUUAGCCUGAGUGACUUUAUUUAGGAAUAUUUGUAUACCAUUCUUUAGUUAUGAUGUUGAACUUUGUAUGUUAUUUGGACGGCAUUAAACAUUCAGGCUCCACAGUUCGAGCUGCACACCCAUUCCCGUCUCUUAGUGGUGAAUAUAAAUAGGAAUAAAUCUAAGUCUUUCCAUAGAAAUCAUAUGCUGGGCACCCUGGAUUUCCAGGUUCAGAGCACCGCGCUAGCCUUCAAUUUUUCUUAGAGCACAGUCUCGUCACUAUUCAUGACGUGAAAUUUAUUUUAAGCUUGAAUAUUACCCUCAUUCUUCUUUUUUAAUUUCGAAUAAGAUUACACUGUGUCCCCUAUACAAUCUUUUGGAAUCAAACCAAAUGACAAACUGUUAUCAAACUGCAGGGUAUUUUUAUGUAUGCCACCAAUCUUAAUGAGUUUGGACGUUUGCUGGAGACUGACAACUACAGGACAAACAUGCUGCACAAUGAUUUGUGGGAGAUUUUUGACAACAAAAAGGUAAGGUCUUUCGCUUAUUAUUUUUAAAAUUGUACAAUAGUUAAAGUCCACAAACAUGUGGUGGCAUAUUUCUUUUAUUCUUUUUUAGGAUUGGGAGGAAAAGUACAUUCAUGAGAACUACUCACAGAACUUCAAUCUUAGUUAUCAAUUUGAACAGGUAAGAUAGAAAACUACCAUACUUUUUUGUGAACAAUAAUGUGUACAUGUACUCAUUUUGUUAUUACAGAGUUAGAGCAAUCACAAUGGCGACUUAAAAAGUGCAUUUCAAUCUUCAUCGCCCUUUUUCCAUUUCAUUCACUUUGUCAAAUGUUGUUGAAGUUUCACUUCGUAGUCGUGCAACAACCUCAAAAAAAUGUAGAAAAAGCGUGAUGCAUAUACAAAGUUGUUGUUUUACUAUUCUAAACCUUACUUUCUACCGUUUUCGUUGCCAUCUCUGACUCGCCGUCGCCGCUGUCGUUACUUAAACUCCCCGUUAUAUUUGAACCUAAGGGAAAUGUUGGGCGCCUCCGUGAAUGUCAGUGAAGAAACUUAAACAGUUGUUUUUGUUAUUGUUGUGGUCUUUUUUCAGCCAUGCCCAGAUGUGUUUUGGUUUCCCAUUGUAACAGAAACUUUUGCCAAGCAUCUUGUUGAGGUAAAAUGAACUUGAAGUUGAAUAGCUUGAACUGAAAUUAAUUUGUUUAAACUUACUGUAUCGGCUACGUUUUGAAUAAUCUCACUUGAAAAAUUCCCACUGUCCUCUCUUCAUUAAUUAUCGUCCAGUUGCCUUUAAUUGGGUUUAUUAACACCAAUGUCUUAUUGAAUUGUUUACGUUAGGAAAUGGAAAAUCUUGGGGACUGGUCUGGCGGAAAACAUGAGGUAAAUAGAUACUCUAAGAUUGUUUUGACUUUUUUCCGUAUAUAGCUUUAUUAUCUUAUUUCAUGACAUCCAAUGUUUAAUUUUAGGAUAAGCGAUUGUCAGGAGGCUAUGAGAAUGUACCCACUGACGACAUACACAUGAACCAGGUGACGAAUCAAUUUUCUUUAAUAUUCACUUUUAAAAAAAUCAAAUUUUUCUUUGCAAAUUCAGUAGGGCUCGAAAAAACUUCCGUCCGGUCGUCCCGCCGGGACAAAUAGAUUUUCUUGCUGGGCAAGUAACUUUUAAAGCUUGCUUGUCUAAUGACCGGGGCGGGGGGGGAGGGGGGUACUUGGGUUAAUUUUUGCUGGGUAUGUGCCGCUGGCCUCUCAGAGCCUCUACCCCAUUAUAGUCUACUCUGUGGCCAAUUAUAGUCCCUACCUUAGUUACUUUUGGGCAAAUAUGUUAUUUUCGCGAUCCCACCUGAAUCACUUCCUAUUUUUAUGUAUAGAUCCAUUUUUUAAGUGGAAUGAAGAACACUUUAUUUUUCACCUACAGUACAAACAUUUUAAUACGUUCGCCAACCGUAAAAAAUGAAGAACUGUCUUACCCCAAAAAAUCCGAAAAUGUGCAACCUCAUUCUAGUAACUCUAUUGAAAAUGCGACCCCAUUAUAGUCAGUCCAGUCGUGAAAAUGCGAUCCCAUCCAGCGGCACAUCCCCAUUAGCCUCUUAUAAGGAAGUAUGCCCCCCCCCCCCCCCCGGGUCUAAUGGUUAAGGGUCCAGGCAAUUCAUCAUCCUCUGACUAAAUCAUUUUCUAAGACCAGUAAGAAGUGGACAUCACCUGGCCUGGGCAAGGAAAAGGAGAGAGGUGCUUGCCCAUAGGACUAGCUGGAAUUCAAGUUUUUUUCAAGCCCUGCUCAUGCAAUAGCCACGAAAUAUGACUCAGCACCUUGCCCGAUGAUACGGCUACCCGGUUAAUACACGGCCAAAUCCUUAUGCCACGUUAUAAACUGUGAUCUCGGAGUAUACUUCUUAACUCUUUUCUUGUUUCUACACAGAUCAAUUUUGAGCGAGAGUGGCUUCACUUCCUCAAACAAUAUAUUGUACCUGUGAACGGCAGGAUUUUCCCUGGCUACCAUUCUGAGGUAAGAAUUAAUUGCUUUCCAUGCUUUGUUAGAAUAGACUGAACAGCAAUCAGCCCCUUAUUUUUCUUAUAGUAGAAUAUAGUGUGGUAUCAGGCCCACCACGUGAGGCGCGGGGACGCGAGACGCGCGAAGUUAGGGCAUCAGCUGCGAAUGCGUAGCUGGCGGUUUUGUUGAGAAGCGCGCGCGCAACGAGUGCAGAAGCCUUGUCUCCCUUCCCCUCGCGGAUUAACCGUUCUCAAAAAGCGCGCCCACCCCAACGAUAUUUUAUCAUUAAUUUUGGUAUUAUAAUGAGGUCUAAAAAGCCCUUUGAGAGAGCCCAGCUACUUAGUUAUAAAAGCCAGUCCCUAGGAUCCUGAUAUAUAACUGUAGGUUUUUUUUUGUUUAUUUGCAGGGUCGUGCUAUCAUGAAUUUUGUUGUAAAAUACGAUCCCAACAGGCAGUAUUACUUAAGACCGCAUCAUGAUUCUUCAACGUACACUAUCAACAUGGCUCUGUCAAGACCAGGCAUCGAUUACGGAGUAAGAACAGUAAAGUUAAUGCAUUAUCGAGAAAACGUGAAAUUAGGCAAUUUGACGUCGUAGUCGCGCAGUGACUGCAAUGAAACAUGAAAAAAUGUACCAAAACGUUUGGUGCUCGUGCAAAGUUGUCGUUUUGUUAAAAGAGAGGUUUAGAUUCUAAGACGAGGAUGACUACAAGUACGAGAUUUUCUCAGUACUAAGUAGUGUACGCGCGUGAACCAACGUCAUUUGGCGGGAAAACGUGGUAGCCGUCGUCAUUCUACCGACGAGUUUUUGCGAGAAUGUUGUAGUGGGGGAAACAAGUUAUCGAAUGUCAUAACUUUUAUCUUUUUGCCUUUGGGAGAGGUCUUAAUCUCCAUCAAUACGGAUAACAGUUGUAACUUUUCAGGUGCAAAAAAAGUGCAGUGAAGCUUUCCGGGUUGUCUAUUUUUUAGAAUACGCGAGAAAACUUUAAUUCAAAUCUCUUCCUCGAAUCUAAAGCUCUCUAAUCUAAACCCAUUGCGUCUUUGACGUUCUCGUCGCUGUCGCUGUGGCCGUCGUGACAUCUUAAACCCCCUGUUCAGCGAUAGUUCCUUUCAGAAGUACAUCCCCUAUAACAAAACUUUCCACGGCUGACCAGUUACUGACUGAUGAAUAUUUGUCUGACCCAUUAAUUGUUAGAAAAUCAAUGGAAAGUUUGAUCAAUUAGGUUUAACUUGAACGGUAAAACUGCCUCCUCUUUGCUUCCCGUCGACAAAAGUUGGUCCUUUGUCCACGUUUAUUCCCCAUCUUUCUAGUCAUUGAAUGUACUGGUUUCCUUCUGCUUUUCGCCAAAAGAUUUAUGAAACACAUUAUAUUAGGUGAAAAAGAUAGGGGUAACUGCCCACCUACCCCUGGUCAAGUCAACUUUAACACCCAGGGGACCUCAAUUCCUAUUUGUCUUCUCUGCAGGGCGGAGGCUGUAGAUUUAUACGUUACAACUGUCAAGUGACCGAGACACGGAUUGGUUGGUCUUUUAUGCAUCCUGGCCGGUUAACACAUUACCAUGAAGGAUUACCGGUCACCUGGGGAAAGCGAUACAUCAUGGUCUCCUUUAUAGACCCUUGAAUCAACUCAUUUAACAGAAAAGAAAAAAAAAGAAUAUUUUAUUAUUAAUAUAAUGAACAACACUACUACAGGAAAGUUUUCGUAAUACAAAACUCGAUUUUUUUGUAAGUUGUUCCUCGCGAUACCGGCGCAGUGGAUUAUUUUUGAUGAAUUAAGAUCCACAUACAAAUUCUUCAAGCUCGUCUAUAUACGUGUCCUUAAAGAAUGAGUUGAGAGAAUUUGGUAGAAGAUCAAAGCAUUAAUUUUUCUCCAAGGUGAUCAUUUCGUUAAAGGGGCUGUGUCACGGUAGUCCAGUUCAUUUUGUUUAGUUUUGCCAAUUACUCGCCCUCAAUCGCUAUGGAACUUAAAAUAAGCAAAGAAAUUACAGGUAAAUGAUAAAAUCAGAGAUCCGAGACAAACAAGUAUGUCUCCUGAGCAUUAUUUUUGAAGUUGCAAGUAGCAGGGAUCAACUUUGAAAACCUGUUGGGCUGAACAGUUGUCAAAAACUCUAAUUUCAAUCCGUUUCAGUGUUCUUCAGUUUGCCCAUCCGUUGCAUGUGUUGUUUCUGUUAUGUCAUUCAACCUUCCUUUAAAGUUUUAAGCGGUUAUUUUUAUGUUUCUCUCAAUUUAACGAUUUUGAAUUUGAUUUUCGUCAAUUCUCUUUUCUCUUGAUUCUGUAGACUAAAUGGGUUAAUUGUGUCGUAGCCUGCGUCGCAGGCGUGAUUUAACCUCGGUUAGUAAACAUCUGCGAAGCAGCCCCCAUAUCCCUGUUCUUGGCCCCCAACGGACUCAACGUAUCACUGAAUGUGCGUCCUGAUUGGCAAAUCGACAAUGUAUUUUUUAACAGGCCAAUCAUGGCGCCUACUCAAAUCCUGGUACGCAGGUGAGGACCCAGAACAAGGAUUUCGCUGAUUCGCAGACGAACUUAACCAGAGUUAAGUUCUGUCUGUGGCGCAGGCUAAGUGUGUCGCUGACAUUGCAAAGAAGGCCAAUAGGCUCACAUUUUAAGAAAAUGUGAUGAAUAACUGGGCACGCAUUUCCUUGAGGGCACUGAUUACAUAUUCAAUCAGUAUUACUAGACAAAAUCUCAUUUAUUUUACCUGGUAACUUAACAACUUGACAGUCAAGUGAGGACUUAGAAAAUAGUGAGCCCUAAUCAUGUCAAAAAUCGCGUUUUGUGUUACUCGCGGUUGUUUCUCACAAUUUUUCGCUAUGAUGUUAAUUAUUUGGGGAAGAAAAAUUUGAGCUUUUAUUCGUUCUUGAGGUACGAUAAAUACCAAUCUCAUGAACCUUUUUCGAGGCGUCUAGAUAUUUCGUCUCUAUUAAGAGACUUGCUCACUUUUGCUAUUUGUUUUUGCUCAUUUCUCACCUGUAUUUCUUUCUUUAAUGCAAAUGCUGGCUUAAGCUCAGCUUCACGAAAACGCAAGUUACCUUAUGUGCUUAUGCCCUGAUAUCUCUUGCAUUUGCUAGAUUUUUUUUUUGUAAGAGUAGUAUCUUAGUCUCUAAGAUGAAAUGUUAGAUUAUUUUAGUAAAAUUAAGUAAUGUAAAAUUCUACAGGAAAUUAUAACUAAUACGUUAAGGAUGAAAGACGAUGCUUAACAUAGUACUAUUUUUAAUAUUGUCAUAUAGUGAGUGCCCAGAAUUUUGAAU